AGAUGGUUUUGAGCCAAACAUGCACAUUGGCGAGAAAUGCAGCAAGGUACUAGAAAAAUGCGACCGUAACGUUGACUGUAACCGUGAGAAUAAACGGUGUGUAAACGGGAACUGCCGGUGCGAUACAAACUUCCGGCUCAACGCAAACACAUAUGUGUGUGAAGUGGUUGUGUGCGGUCGCGACACCGAUUGCCAACCCUUUUACAAUCAGCACCGGAAGUGUGACGUGAAUUCAGGCAAAUGCUUGUGUCAGUCAUAUCGUGAUAAUCCAGAAUCGGUUACGUAUUCACAUAAUCCGGAUAAUGGCUACAAAUGUGAGCCCCAAUUGAGGUCUUGUUGCGAUGGAAAACUCAAAAUUUUCAGUAAAUCAACCAAAAUGUCGCUAAAGUUUGAUUUCAGUGGUAGAGUAGCGCUGGUGACGGGCUCGAGCUCAGGCAUCGGCGCCGCCACAGCCAUACUGUUUGCCAAAUCGGGCGCCAAAGUAGUGGUGACCGGACGUAAUGCCGACAAAGUGGCCGAAGUGGCCAAACAGUGCGCCGUUGUGUCGCCGAUCGGCGUCUCAGCCGUACUGCAAGUCGUGGCGGACGUGACUCGCGAACAGGAUUUACAACAUUUAGUGACCCAAACAGUGGACACUUUCGGCCGAUUGGAUGUAUUGGUCAAUAACGCGGGCGCGAGUGUUAUGAGCGCCGUAUACGACGACAAAUUCAUUGAGGCCUACAAAUGGGUUUUAAACACUAAUCUUAAUUCAAUGGUCUUUUUGACACACAUUUGUGUCAAACAUUUGGAGAAAACUAAAGGAAAUAUUGUCAACGUUUCCAGUAUUGCGGCCAAACUUAGUGUGUCCAACGCGUCGCCAUAUUGUAUGUCAAAGGCAGCGAUGGAUAUGUUUGGCAAAUGUAUUGCCGUUGAAUUGGGACCGAAAGGCAUUCGCGUCAAUACUGUUAAUCCGGGCGCCGUUCGCACGAACAUAAUCGAGGCUCAGGGGGCGUCCAAAGAGGUGGCCAAUCAGGUGUACGACAUAUUUAGCCGCAAAUACCCGGUCGGGAGGGCGGGAGAGGGACUCGACAUUGCAUACAAUAUCCUAUACCUGGCGUCAGACGAGUCGUCGUUUGUGACGGGAACCAGUCUUGUGUCCGAUGGCGGACACGUGGCCGCCAAUGUGUCAAUGGAUGCAGUAGCGCUGGUGACGGGCUCGAGCUCAGGCAUCGGCGCCGCCACAGCCAUACUGUUUGCCAAAUCGGGUGCCAAAGUAGUGGUGACCGGACGUAAUGCCGACAAAGUGGCCGAAGUGGCCAAACAGUGCGCCGAAGUGUCGCCGACCGGCGUCUCAGCCGUAUUGCGAGUCGUGGCGGACGUCACCCAAGAAGAAGAUUUACGGCGUUUAGUAACCGAAACAGUGGACACUUUCGGCCGAUUGGAUGUAUUGGUCAAUAACGCCGGGACUGUAUCCAUGUGUCCCAUAUAUGAUGAUCAAUUCAUUGCCUCUUAUAAAAAUAUUUUAGAAAUAAAUCUCAAUUCAGUGGUCUUUUUGACACACAUUUGUGUCAAACAUUUGGAGAAAACUAAAGGAAAUAUUGUCAACGUUUCCAGUAUUUCGGCCAAACUUACGGUGCCAAACUCUGCUCCGUAUUGUAUGUCAAAGGCAGCGAUGGAUAUGUUUGGCAAAUGUAUUGCCGUUGAAUUGGGACCGAAAGGCAUUCGCGUCAAUACUGUUAAUCCGGGAGUCGUUCGCACCAACAUAUUCGCGGCGAUUGGGGCGCCCGAAGAGGUGACCACUCAAAUGUUGGACAUAUUUAGCCGCAAAUACCCGGUCGGAAGGGUCGGAGAGGGACUCGACAUCGCAUACAAUAUCCUAUACCUGGCGUCAGACGAGUCGUCGUUUGUGACGGGAACUAGUCUUGUGUCCGAUGGCGGACAUGUGGCCGCCAAUGUGUCAAUGAAUGCGUUUGAU